AAGUGCACCCCGCGUCCUGUCUCCGUCUGUCCCUCAUAAGGACACACGGCUCCUGGAGCUCCAUCAGGACCAGGUUCCAGCUCCACCAUGACCACGGUUCUUCUGGACCUAGUCCACGCCUGUUGUCCGGCCUGCACCGGAUCGGUUCUGCCGGACUUUGAGCCGGACUCGCGUGUUUUCCUCCUGUGUGGGAGUCGGGACUCAAACAGCCACCUGGACCGGACCUGGUCAGGGACCUGGACCGGGACAGUCACGGUCCUGGGCUUUGAGUCCGUGGCGGAGUGUUUAUACCGGUUCAAACAGACGUUGGACGAGCUGGACCUGAGCUGCGUACGCGUCCUGACGUCCCCCGCGGGCCAUGACGUCAUACAGCUGUACCGGGACCAGCUCUUCACGGCCGUCUACACCUUCCACUACACAGUGACGUCACACCUCACCUGUCCGAGAGGCGCUGGCUCCUCCCACAGCGGGGCGUGUCUUCAGGACGUCCACGGGGACGUGUCCACGUUCCUGCAGCAACUUCCCGCGUGGACGGGAGAGGUCAGGGUGCUGAGGUCCACGCUGAUCCCAGACUGCUUCGGCCAUGGCUUCAGCACACGCACAGGGGGCGUGUCCUACAUCCCGGGUUUGUCCUCGUUGAAUCUGUUUAGUAGUUCCAGGAGGAGAGACCCCGUGGCUGUGGUUCAGGAAAACAGACGGCGACUGGCUCACCACGCCGGUUUCCACCCCCGGCCACUACGCAUGGUCAAGGUGAACCAUGCCAGUGACGUCUGGGUUAUGAGCAAAGCUGAGCCAGAGAGCUACGACUCCAUAGUGACCAAUCAGACGGGGGUCGUUAUCACAGCUCCGGGAGCGGACUGCAUGCCGCUCCUCUUUGCUGAUCUGUCAAAGGUCAUUGGUGCCGCUCAUGCAGGCUGGAAAGGAACGCUGAUGGGUGUUGCUAUGGCAACAGUAGAUGCCAUGGUGAGAGAAUACGGUUGCCGGGUGAGCGACAUUUUGGUGGCAGUCGGGCCAUCAGUCGGAGCGUGUUGUUUCACGCUAGAGCAAGAAGAGGCGCUAAAGUUCAGCUGCAUCCACCCAGACUGUGUCCCUGAUCCACAAUCAGCCAAACCCCACGUCAACAUCCGCCUUGCUACCAGACUCCUCCUCCAGAGAGGCGGGGUUCAACCUGAGCACAUCCACGACGACACGGUGACAGACAGGUGCUGUGUGACACCGUGCACCUCGUGCCACCCCAAAGACUUCUUCUCCCACGUCAGAGACGGAACCAACUUUGGCACCCAACUGGGUUUUCUGUGGAUCAAAGAGAUGAACAGCAUUAAAGACAACAGACAAACUUCAGUCCAAGCUGGGAUUUAAACCAGUCCGGCUAAACUGGUUUUCACUGGUUGUCAAGAACCGGGCGACUAUAUCUGGAUUUUGAACCAUCUUGGUUUUGUAAAAAAAUAUAUAUUUUUACAUAAAAGCGUCCAACGUGUAAUGCUCAAAACACACAGAAACAAACCACAUAAAUGUCACAUCUUA